AGCUGGCAAAUCAAAAAAAUAUGCGCUCUCAGCCUCCCCUGACUUUGUUUAUCUUCACUCCCCACCUUCCAUUUUCACUGCCCCUUGGCCCCCCACCACCCUCUCCUCUUCUUCUUUCUCUCUCUCUCUCUAAAAACACAGACACAUACAUCCACGGAGAUUUGAGCACAUACAGUUCCCCCCCUUUCUCUCUCUUAAAAUGUUGCUGGGAAAGCGUGGGAGGGGUCCGAUGAAGAGGACCACGAGCAUGACCGGAAUCAACGUGGAUCUUGCCGACGAGGAGCCGUCUGAUUCUGUGAUGAACGAGUUGGUGGAAACGGCGUCGCCUAGCCGGCGUGACCGUAAGAGGAGUUCAGGUGGCGAAGGUGAUAAUUCCAUGGUUGUAGAGACGGCGCCGUUUUUGAGGACGUGUGGACUCUGUAACAGCAGUUUGAGGCCUAGCCGGGACAUCUUCAUGUAUAGGGGGGAUACGGCAUUUUGCAGUCUAGAGUGCAGGGAACAACAGAUCAAGCAUGACGAGAGAAAUGAGAAGUGCUCCGUCGCAGCUAAUCCAAUGAAAGACGGAAAUCACCACCACCACCGCCACCGCUCGGCACCGGCCACUGCCACCGCCACCGCAACCACCACCUCUCAAGCAUAAAACCUAGUGACAUGGACGUUGAGUGCUGCUAUAUAUAUAGCGCCUUAACAAUUUGAAGAACCAUACUAUAGUCAGCAGCAUAACCAAAGUUUCUGGUGGUUGGUGAUGUUAAAUGUUGAGAAAUGAUAUUCGGACUUUACCUUAUUAUUAUAAAAUAUAAAAUGUAUGCUAA